UGGUUAGCGAUGAAGGAAAAUGAAUGUCGAUUACAUAGAGUCAAAAACAAUGGAGUUUGAUUUCUUAUAUACAUUAGGAUUGAUAAAUAUAGGAUUUUGAUAAGAUAAUACAUCCUUUCCAAGUCAAUCUUUUUAAUGUGGUUUGUGAUGAAAGUUCCAGCUGAAAAUAAUCAUCAGUGCGUGCAGAUGUUGUCACCUAAUUGUGGGCGGAGUCUACACCUAUAAAAGGUCCAGAAGGAGUGUGUACAGCAGAAGGAUUCUGGAAACGCAUGAAACCUGGGUGCAUGUCGAGUGAAAACCUUCUGCUACUUUAUUGUUGUCUCCUUGACUGUCCAAAAAUGAGCUGGAAGAACCUUGUGCUACCCCUGCUGCUGCUCAGCUUGUGGGGGCUCCAAGACGAAGGAGUGCAAGCAUGUAGCUGUUUCCCGACUCAUCCGCAGCAGUUGUACUGCCAAGCAGAUGUUGUCGUCAUCAAGGCAAAGAUUGUUGGUGUGAUACCUGGAGAGCAAGGCAAAAAUAGACCCACCAAGUAUGACAUCAAACAAAUUAAGACCUACAAGGGUCCGGUAAAAUUUUUCGAUGCCAUUUACACUGGCCCCAACUCUGCACUAUGUGGCGUCAGUCUGACCAAGGGCACUGAAUAUCUUCUCAUGGGUAGACUGCACUCGGAUGGCAGUCUGCAUCUCUCCCUGUGUGACUUAUUUCAGCCACUGGAGGCCUUGAGCAACAUUCAAAAACAUCUUCUGUACCACUAUGGAAAGGGCUGCGCUUGCGUGAUCAGGUCCUGCUUCAAAUACCCGUGCUGCAUGAGUGGCCCGACGGAAUGUUUGUGGACUGAUUUCCUACCCGGGAAGGUGGGCAAUCGUGUCCAGGCUCAAAACUACACUUGCGUCAAGAUGAGUGAUGGCUGUUGUGUUUGGCACCAGCCGGCUAUCUAUGCCCAAAAUGGACAACUGGCUGUGAAAGGAUAA